AUGUCCAUUACAAUCGUAGGAGCUGGUGUGAUUGGUCUAACCGCUGGACUCCAAUUAAAACUUGCACAUCCUGAACUUAACAUCACCAUAUGGGCAGCUCAUUUACCGGGUGAUAUCUCCACAGAUUAUACCUCGCCAUUUGCUGGUGCAGAUUGGCACUCCUUUGCGGACCAAAAUGAUAAGCUUGUGCAGCAGAUAGAUAUGGUGGGUUAUCGUAAGUUCCUUGAGUUGGCCGAUAUUGAACCAAGAGCAGGAGUUCAUACCAUAAAGUCUGAACAGUAUACAGACCUGCUUCCAUGGUUUAUCAAUGAGGUUGAUGACUUUAAAAUGUAUGAUGAUAACAAUAAAGGCAAACUUCCACCAUAUUGUAAGUUUGGCUAUGAGUUUAAAGGCAUAGUCAUUUCUGUCCCAAUUUAUUUGUCAUAUUUGCUUCAACGGAACCUUGAAUUGGGCAACACAUUCAAACGGAUAAAAAUUCACCAUAUCAACGAUGCUUAUGACAACAAUAAGAGUACUAAUUUGGUCAUAAACUGUACAGGAUUGCUUGCACUGAAGUUGCAAGGGUUGAAUGAUUCACUGAGCCUAUAUCCUGUUAGAGGGCAAACUCUUUUGGUACGUAACAAUGUGAAAAGGGAAUACUCCAUCGAAACAUUUGGACCAGAAUAUCCAGACGAACUCCUAUAUAUAAUGCCUCGAAAGGAGGGCGGUACCAUUAUUGGUGGGUGUUUUAAGAGGGAUUGUGAGUCAACACAAGAAGACCCAGAAUUAACCAAAAGAAUUAUUCAAAGAGCAAUAAAAUGUGCCCCAGAGCUCAUUGAUUCGAGAUUCAAGAGAAACUCACCAUCAAUUGACAUCGUAAAGGUUAACAUUGGGUUCCGUCCCUUUAGAGAGAACGGAUACAGAAUUGAACUGGACUCUACUCGUCCUUGGUUAAUCCAUUGCUAUGGCUUUGGUGGUGCUGGGUACCAAUCAAGUUAUGGAGCUAUAGAGAUUGUCAGCAGAAUCGUAGCAAGCAAAUUAGCCAGUCCAAAGUUAUAG